GUUGUUUAGCGUAAUCAUAAGUUUAACAUUAAAAUAUUAUGAAAAUAAUAAUAUGUAUAAAUCAUGCGUCUAUUACCAGAACACGUAACUGAACGCGUGCUUCGAUCUGUUUAAAUAAAGCUUUGUUUGUCUUCAAUGACCGCAAAGAUGGCUUCCGCUUUACUGAAGGUUGCAGUUACAGGUCUCUCGAGAUGUGCAUGGCACGGUUUACCCUCAGUGAGGUCAUUGUCUCUGUCAGUACCCGUCAGACAAGGUGUCCCUCAGGCAUUAUGGAAGUUAGGCAGGUUGAAUCAUGUGGCUAUCGCAGUACCAGACCUCGAGAAAGCCACAGCUUUGUACCGCGAUGUGCUGGGGGCUCAGGUGAGCGCCACUGUGCCUCUCCCUGAACAUGGCGUGUAUACUGUGUUUGUGGAACUGGGAAACACCAAAUUAGAGCUACUACACCCUCUGGGAGAAAAAAGCCCCAUUGCAGGAUUCCUGCAGAAGAACAAAGCUGGAGGGAUGCAUCAUAUCUGUAUUGAGGUGGAUGAUAUCAAUGCAGCAAUAACUGAUUUGAAAGAAAAGAAAAUCAGACUGCUCUCUCCAGAGCCACGGAUAGGAGCUCAUGGCAAACCUGUGAUGUUCCUCCACCCUAAAGACUGUGAUGGGGUUCUUGUGGAGAUAGAGCAAGCCUAGAUUUUACCCUUGAGAUUUUUAUCUUGUAAACAGUGACUUUGAUUAGACUCUUCACUAUUGACACUUAAGAUCAUUGCAAGGUUAUGGUGUGUUUGAUAUUCAUGGUUUAAGCCUUAUUUUUCUUUUUCCUAAGUAAUGAUUUUCUUUAAUGACUUGAAUAAAUGAUUAAUUCAAGUUAGUUUGGCCAUUUACAAACUCACACAUUCAUAAUGUGUACAAUUUUUUUUUUUUUUUUUGUAAAAAAGAAAAAGUUCCUCUUUUAAUUUUAUUUAUGGGGUGCACUGUGAUAUGUGAUAGCACAUUUAAAAUAAUAAAUUAACACUGUAAAUUUAUAUGCCGAAAUACGCUCAAAUAAAUGCAUGUUUUAAAUGCUAUAAUAAAAUGGCAAAUAAGUCA